AUGGGUAUUGGUUAUGAUCCACCUCGUGCGAGGAGCUCCAUCGUAUUAAAUUCGUGUGUUUCCUAUUCUGAAUUGGUAGCUUUGUAUUGGGAUGAGAAAGAGCCGCAUCGGAUUGUGUUGGGAACAAAAUUUGAUUCCAAGCUUCAUGUGAAGACUGCUAUAACUAUGUGGAGUUUGUGGCAGGAAAAACAGUUUAAGGUCGUCGAGAGCAAAUUAAGAAGGUGGCAUGCCGUAUGCAAAUUUCCAGCAGGAACGACAGCAACAGGUAUAGGCAUCAUCAGCACCACAGACGCUGAAAAAGCGAGAGAAUGCCAUCGUGCUAACAGAGAUCAUGCUAACUUCUCAUCGGCAAUGAUUGCUCUGUGUAUUCGACAUCAUGUGCGACAAUGUGCCGAUUUCAAGGUCUUCUCAAUAAUAGCUGAUAUUCAAGACAGAUUUGGUGUGUCAAUCAGUUAUAAGAAGGCAUGGUAUGCAAAGAGAAAGGCUAUAGAGUUUGUAUAUGGUGGAUGGGAGGAAUCAUUCAGGCAGUUGCCAAGCUACAUGUUUGAACUCCAGUCACAGAAUCCGGGCACAAUUGUUGAAUGGAAGCACAACGAGCUGUUGAGUCAGAGACGUACAAAUGUGUUCAACUAUGUUUUCUGGGCAUUUGGGCCUGCAAUACAUGCUUUCCAGAAGGCUGCACCGGUGUUAACAAUAGAUGGGACUCACCUCCGAGGAAGAUUUAAAGGUAAGCUGCUUGUUGCUUGUGGUUUUGAUGCUAACAAGACAUGCUUGCCUAUUGCAUAUGCUGUGGUGGAUGAAGAAACCAAUGACAGUUGGUCAUGGUUUUUGGAUCAUGUAAGAACUCAUGUGGUGAAAUACGAGAGGGAGGUGUGCAUUAUAUCAGAUAGGCAUAAAGGAAUCUUCAAAGCAAUGGAGUCUGCAAUCAUGACAAGGGCCCCGCAGAUACACCACAAAUUUUGUUUGGUCCAUGUGAGGGCAAAUGUGUUGAAGAAGCAUAAGGGCCCCAGUGUGAAGGCCAAAAUCUGGAAGUUGGGGGUCAGUACUCAGGUACGUAAAUUUGACAGAAGAAGUCGAGCACUAUCUGAUGUCAGCCGUGGUGCGAUGCGAAUGCUUGAUAGGAUUACAAAAGAACGUUGGUCGCUAUGCUACGAUGGUGGACUUCGAUGGGGGGUGGCCACAACAAACAUGUCGGAGUGCUACAACAACGUGUUGCGGGGUGUUAGAGAGUUGCCAAUUAGAGCUUUGGUUGAUUUGACAUUUUGGAGGACGGUGAAAUGGUGGGUGCAGAAGAAGACAAAAAUAGAACACACUGAAGGUGAGUUAACCCCGUGGGCGAGGGACAUGCUUGCUAAGAAUGACUCAAAGGGGCGAAAACAUUACAUUACUGUAAUUGACCGAGAUAUAGGGAAGUACCAUGUCCGAACUCGAGGAAGAAUAGAAAAUGGAGUGUCAAAGGGCAACAAUGUUCAAAUAGUCAAGGAACGACUGACAAGAGAGGGCAUGGCUUUGAGGCUGAAUAUUGUUGAUGUUUGUUUUUAG